ACCGCACCCACUACAUAAAAAUGGCUUCAAUGACUCGCGCGCCCAGUCGAACAGAGGCCUUGGUCAAUUGAUGUUCUCUUUGCGGUCUUGCUGUGUAACUCACACCAUUCUCUCUCAUCGUCUCACUCUCCGAACUAGUCUCAUUCUCCCUCCUCUCUUCCUCUCUCUCUUCCCUCCCAAACCCAUCUCCCUCCAACCCCUCUACUCUCCUAACCCUAACCCUAAUCCCAGAACCAUGUCCUCUCGCCCCUCCGCUUUCGAUGCUCUCAUGUCCGGUGCCCGAGCCGCUGCUUCCAAGAAGAAACCCCCAACUUCUUCUUCCCCCAAGAAACGCAAAAACCCAGAACCAAAAACUCCCCUUCAAAACCCUACUCAUCCCCAAGCCCCAAUCGACGAAGAAGCCCCACCUUCCAAUUCCAAGUCCAAUUCCAAUUCGAAGCCGUUUGAAGAACCCCAAGUCUCAAAUGGGUCCGAGAAAGAUCAUCCAGACACUGAUCCAAAGCCCUCGGUGGAUACAUUGGCGGUGAAGAAACCGCGUUUGAUCAAUGCUGAUGACAGUAUUGCUCUGCUGAAGAAGAAGCCUGCGAAUUUUGACCCCAAAUCGGCUGCUUUUUGGAACGAUGGCGAGAGAGUGCCGUUUAUGUUUCUUGUUAAGGUGUUUGAUGCGAUAGAUAAGGAGUCGGGUCGGAUUGCGAUUACGGAAAUCGUGUGUAAUAUGUUGAGGACUGUCAUUUCGACUACUCCCGAUGACUUGCUUCCGGUUGUUUAUCUUUUGGCGAACAAGAUUGCACCGGCACAUGAAGGGGUGGAGCUUGGAAUUGGAGAUGCUUCGAUUAUUAAGGCACUUGCCGAAGCUUGUGGGGCAAAAGAAUCGCAGAUUAAGAGCAAAUAUCAGGCAUUAGGAGACUUGGGCCUUGUUGCAAAAGCAAGUCGUUCAUCCCAAUCUUUGAUGCGUAGACCGGAACCAUUAACAGUUGCCAAGGUUUUUGGUACAUUUCGGCUUAUUGCCAAGGAAUCUGGCAAGGAUAGCCAAGAGAAGAAGAAAAACCACAUCAAGGGACUUCUUGUUGCAGCCACUGAUUGUGAACCACAAUAUCUGAUUCGUUUACUUCAGUCAAAAUUGCGGAUUGGUUUGGCAGAGCAAACCCUCUUAGCUGCACUGGGGCAAGCUGCUGUGUAUGCUGAAAAAGAUUCGUCACCACCUGCACAUAUUGAUUCUCCUUUUGAAGAGGCUGCAAAAAUUGUGAAGCAAGUUUAUUCUGUAAUUCCCGUGUAUGACAAAAUAGUCCCUGCUCUAAUAACUGGCAGCUUGUGGAACCUUUCAAAGACAUGUAGUUUCACACCCGGUGUCCCAAUUGGGCCUAUGUUAUCAAAACCAACCAAAGGAGUUUCCGAGAUCUUGGAUAAAUUUCAGGAUAUGGAGUUCACCUGUGAAUACAAGUAUGAUGGUGAACGUGCUCAGAUACAUUUCCUCGAGAAUGGUUCAGUUGAGAUAUAUAGUCGAAAUGCUGAGCGGAAUACUGGAAAGUUUCCUGAUGUUGUUGUUGCAGUUUCAAGAUUAAAGAAACCAUCCAUAACAUCAUUUGUUCUGGAUUGCGAACUUGUGGCUUAUGACCGGGAGAAACGUAAAAUCUUGCCCUUCCAGACACUCACUACUCGUGCUCGUAAAAAUGUGGCGAUGAGUGACAUCAAAGUUGAAGUUUGCAUAUUUGCUUUUGACAUCUUGUAUCUUAAUGGCCAACAACUUAUGCAGGAGCAACUUAAUGUUCGUAGAGAGCAUCUUUACAAGUCAUUUGAGGAAGACCCUGGAUAUUUUCAGUUUGCAACAGCAAUAAUAUCAAAUGAUCUUGAGGAAAUACAAAAGUUCCUUGAAAUUGCUGUUGAUUCUAGUUGUGAGGGUUUGAUUAUCAAAACACUGAGUAAAGAUGCCACAUAUGAGCCCUCAAAAAGGUCAAAUAACUGGCUAAAAUUGAAGAAAGACUACAUGGAGAGUAUUGGUGACUCGCUAGAUUUAGUUCCUAUUGGUGCUUUUCAUGGCAGGGGCAAACGUACUGGUGUUUACGGUGCCUUUUUGCUUGCUUGCUAUGAUGGCAGCAAUGAAGAAUAUCAAAGCAUCUGUAAAAUUGGUAGGCUUUUUGUUUGCUUUGGUGCUAUAAAAAUUGUGUCUAAAGUGAUUCCCAAACCAAAGCCAUACUAUCGAUAUGGAGAUUCAUUAAAACCAGAUGUCUGGUUUGAACCCACUGAGGUGUGGGAGGUGAAAGCUGCAGACUUGACCAUCAGUCCGGUACAUCGUGCUGCCAUUGGCAUUGUGGAUCCUGAUAAGGGCAUUUCUCUUCGAUUUCCCCGUCUGGUUCGUGUCCGAGAAGACAAGCCUCCAGAGCAGGCAUCGUCAUCUGAGAUGGUCGCUGAGAUGUAUAGCUCCCAGAAAAACAAUCAAAGGAAUAAUCAAGAUGAUAAUGAGGAAGACUGAGGGCCACGGCUUUGGUAGUUUGUCACUCUUCUCAAGUGGUUAUUUCCCUUGUACAUAUCAGUUGCUUUAUUGACACUUAAGCAGACAGCGUAAUGAAGGGGAAUUGAGGCCGACCCGGGAUCAACCUUCACCAAAGAGAAGAAUGGCCUGGUGUUGGACCCACUAGAUCCAAUAAAAAUGACUUGCAAUGGGGCUAAAAACGUGAUUUCCCAGUGAAUUUUAUCGCACACAGUGAUCAGAACCAUGUAUGUAUGCACUUUCUUGCAUUUGUUGACUGAAAUGAGAGUGGUUUUCAGUUUCACCAAUCGAAAUCAUCAAAUAGAGAUCAUAAUAAGUAUAUGUUAGGUACACAUGUUUGUAUGUGCAUGUAUUGUACGGGAUGUUGUCAUUGGUGGCUUAUUCCAACCCCCUUCCCCAGUUUUUGUA